UGUCCGGAUACGUGAUGGAACUUGAGGCGGUCCCACAAACUCACGCCUGGCUUCUCCCUUAGCUUCACUUGAGCCCCUCCGUGCACAUUACUCUAAACAUGGCCUCCACUGGUUCUUCACAGCUUUUAACCACACUCCUAUUGGCGUUUUUAUUUGUGGGAGUUCAUUCUCAAUACGAAAAGUACAGCUUUAGGAGUUUCCCCAGGCAGGAGCUGAUGCCGCUGGAGUCCGCAUACAAGUACGCACUGGACCAGUACACGGGGGAGAAGUGGAAGGAGACCGUGGAGUAUAUCGAGGUCUCCCUGCGGCUUUACCGACUCCUGAGGGACAGCGAGGCCUUUUGUAACCUCAACUGCAGCUCCGUUAGACUGGACGACGAGGAAAAGUUUGCGGAAUUCCCAGAACUGCGCUCUUUCGGCAACGUCAUGAAAAGGGCACAAUGCUUGAAGCGAUGCAAGCAAGGACUACCUGCCUUCAGACAAACUAUGCCCAGCCGAGAAACAAUAGAGGAAUUUGAAAGAAGGGAGCCGUAUAGAUACCUGCAGUACGCGUAUUUUAAAUCUGACAACCUGGCCAAGGCAGUGUCUGCAGCCCACACCUUCCUCCUGAAACAUCCAGAUGAUGAGAUGAUGCAAAGAAACAUGGCCUACUACAAGAGCCUGCCUGGAGCUGAGGAUCAUCUAAAAGACCUUGAGAGCAAAUCCUAUGAGACUCUAUUUGUUCGAGCAGUGAGAGCUUACAAUGGAGACAAUUUCCGUACAUCAGUGUCAGACAUGGAACUGGCACUUAGGGAUUAUUUUAAAGUCUAUGACGAGUGCCUGGCUGCUUCUGAGGGACCGAGAGAUGUCAAAGACUUCAAAGACUUCUAUCCUUCUAUAGCUGAUCACUAUAUUGAGGUCCUGGAACGAAAAGUUACAUGUGAAAAUGAUCUUACACCUGUUGUGGGUGGAUUUGUUGUCGAAAAGUUUGUGGCCACAAUGUAUCACUACCUGCAGUUUGCUUAUUACAAAUUGAAGGACUUGAAGAACGCGGUGCCCUGUGCAGCCAGCUACUUACUAUUUGACCCCAAUGAUGAAGUUAUGAAGAAUAAUGUAGCUUAUUACCAGUAUCACAAAAAGCAGUGGGACCUGACAGAGGAGGAUUUCCUGCCCAGAUCAGAGGCAGUGCGGUACUACAAUCAAACAACUCUGCAGUUUCAGAUGUUGGACUUUGCCAGACAGCGCCUGAUGAGUGAUGAUGAGGGGGAGGUUGUGGAGUUUAUUGAUGAGUUUCUGGAUGAGGAUGAUUAGCCCUGAACAGCGGGAAAACCAAAGAACUCCAAAUAACAAAGCAAACACUCCACAGCAUGUAUUUAUUAUUUUGUAAGAAGCAGGGGAGUAGAGGGGGGGCCAAGGGGUCUGUUGUCCC